GUAAAAGAUGAGAAAAAUAUUCAGGAAGUAUUUGACCUGAGUGACUAUGAGAAGUGUGAAGAGCUCCGGAAAUCCAAGAGCAGAAGCAAGAAAAAUCAUAGCAAGUUUACUCUCGCCCACUCCAAACAGCCGGGUAACACGGCACCCAACCUGGUCUUCUUGGCAGUGAGUCCAGAAGAGAAGGAGUCAUGGAUCAACGCCCUCAACUCCGCCAUCACCCGAGCCAAGAACCGCAUCUUGGAUGAGGUCACCGUCGAAGAGGACAGCUAUCUCGCACACCCCACAAGAGACAGGGCAAAAAUCCAGCACUCCCGCCGCCCCCCGACUCGGGGACACCUCAUGGCUGUGGCUUCCACCUCUACCUCAGAUGGGAUGCUGACCUUGGACCUGAUCCAAGAGGAAGACCCUUCCCCUGAGGAGUCGACCUCCUGUGCCGAGAGCUUUCGGGUGGACCUAGACAAGUCUGUGGCCCAACUGGCAGGAAGCCGGCGGAGAGCGGACUCGGACCACAUCCAGCCCUCCUCAGACCGGGCCAGCAGCCUUUCUCGGCCUUGGGAAAAACCAGACAAGGGGGCCACCUACACCCCCCAGGCCCCCAAGAAGUUGACAUCCACAGAGAAAGGCCGAUGUGCCUCCCUGGAGGAGAUCCUGUCUCAGCGGGACACAGCCCCUGCCCGCGCCCUCUACCUGCAGACCCAGGGGUCUCCGGUCUUCACCCCGCCCCCGCCAGGGCAGCUGGCCCGCAUCCAGGACCUGGUAGCGAGGAAGCUGGAGAAGACUCAGGAGCUGCUGGCAGAGGUUCAGGGACUGGGAGACGGCAAGCGAAAGGUCAAGGACCCCCCACGGUCUCCACCUGAUUCUGAGUCAGAGCAGCUGCUGCUGGAGACGGAGCGGCUGCUGGGAGAGGCGUCAUCGAACUGGAGCCAGGCAAAGCGGGUGCUGCAGGAAGUCAGGGAGCUGAGGGACCUGUACAGACAGAUGGACCUACAGACCCCAGACUCCCGCCUCAGACAGACCACCCAGCACAGUCAGUACCGGAAGAGCUUGAUGUGAAGGAAGGCACAGGGCCCGAACUUGUGGGGGGUGGACAGACUUAUCUCCAAGUGUUGUUGCAGGAUAAAACUUUUUUAUUUACCUCAACCAAAAAAAACAAAACAAAACCAGAAAACA